AUGGAAGAUAAACAAAUGUGGUCAAGAAUUCUUCUGAGUAUUCUGUCAUUGAAUUGGAUUGCAUCAGUGUCUUCUGAACCUCAGUAUGUGCUGCUGGUCCCAACAGUAGUGAGGAGUGACUCUCCACAGACAGCUUGUGUGCAGCUCCACAACCUCAGUGAACCGCUGUCCCUGAGCAUAGUCCUGGAAUAUGGCAGUAUUAAGAAGACUCUCUUUGAGGAAUCUGUGACAAAGAAUGAUUUCUUCAAGUGCUACGAGUUCAAGGUUCCUCCUGCUACUUCUGACCCCCUGGCAUUCAUUUCCUUCUCUGCCAAAGGCACCACAGUGAACUUAGCUACGAGAAGAUCAGUGGCGAUUCAGAAUGUGGAUAACGUUGUCUUCAUCCAGACAGACAAACCCAUUUACAAACCAGGACAAAAAGUGUUGUUUCGUGUGGUCACUUUGGACACCCAGUUCAGACCUGUUGAGGAGAUAUAUCCCCGAAUCAUCAUCGAGGAUCCGGACCGAAAUAAGAUCUUCCAGUGGUUGGACAUAACAUCUAAGCAUGGAAUUGUCCAGCUCUCCUUUCCACUAACCCCGGAGCCUAUUCUAGGGUCCUACCACAUCACUGUGGAGAAGAAGUCGGGUGAAAAAGAGUACCAGUUCUUCACAGUGGAGGAAUACGUGCUGCCAAAAUUUGAAGUGACAACCACCGUGCCAAAGAGCAUUUCUUUCUUUGAUGAAGAAGUCAGAGUGAACGUUUGUGCUUUAUACACUUAUGGCCAACCGGUGCAAGGGAAUGCCCAAAUCAAUGUCUGUCAGCAGCGCUUUUAUAGUCCACGAUGUGAGCAAAAACAGAAAGAAACCUGUGAAACCAUCACUGGACUGCUGGGGAAGGAUGGCUGCCUCAACACUGUCAUCUCUGUCAAAACCCUCCAGCUGUACCGCAGCUAUGCCAGGACGUACGUCAGCCUCAAUGUCGAAAGCAUCGUCACUGAAAAUGGGACAGGUAUCCAGAUGAAAGACUACGACUAUGUUGCAGUCAAUCAAGAAAAGGACAGAGUGAUGUUCAGAAAUAUGGAUCUGUAUUACAAGAGGGGAAUUCCUUACCAUGGUGAGAUCACUGUGAUGAAUGCAGAUGACAAGCCUGUUGCCAACAAGACCGUCCUGCUGGAGCUCAAUGAAAACUAUCUGGCCAACUAUACCACUGACAAGAACGGCACUGCUGCUUUUUCUAUUGACACAUCCAACUUCUUUGAUCCUAGUUUUAAGUUGAGAGUCAGGCAGGCACCAGAUGACUGUGAAGACUUCUUCAUCUGGAGGGAUGAUAAUGAGCCACAAGCUUCAUUCUUUGUCCGGCGUUUCUACUCACGGACUAACAGCUUUGUAAAAAUAGAGCCAAUCAAGGAGAAGCUCAGCUGUGGCCAGCAACAAAUGAUCAACGUUCACUAUGUCCUGAACAGAGAGGGCUACAGGAAUGCCACACACACAAACUUCUACUAUGUGGUGAUGACAAAAGGAAAAAUUGUUCUUAGUGGCCAGAAGGAAGUCAGUAUCUCUGAUGCUCCCAGAGGUACAUUCUCCUUCACACUGACUGCCACUGAGAAGCUUGCCCUCAGUGCCAGACUGUUGCUCUACACGGUGCAUCCUCAUGGGGAGGUAGUGGCUGACAGCUCUAGGAUAUACAGUGAUGUAUGCUUCAAAAACAAGCUCCAGCUCCAGUUCUCUGAGAAGCAGGGUCUCCCAGGCUCUAAAGUCCAUCUCCAACUUGAAGCUGUUGCCAACUCCUACUGUGCUCUGCGAGCUGUAGAUCAGAGCAUCUUUCUACUUCAUCCUGCACAAGAGUUAUCUGCUGAGAGGGUAUAUUACCAACUUCGUGUGAAUGAUUUAUAUGGCUACUACUAUAAUGGGAUAGACCUGGAAGAUGACAAAUCAGAGGGCUGUACACCAGUCAAAACCAUGUUUUUUGAUGGCUUAUACUAUGAACCUGUGAAUGUCAGUCGUGAUGGUGAUGCCUACAGGAUUUUCAGGGAUAUGGGCCUGAAGGUUUUCACCAACUCAGUGCUACGGAAGCCAGUUCUGUGCAAUGAAGACAAGUCAGAUAUGGAAGAUUACCCUGGCUAUGAGUCUGGUGCCAUCCCUAUAGCUGGCUAUGGUGGAGGUAAAAGAAAGAUAACUGGUGGGAGUGGUGGUCACAGUGUUCGGAAAUUCUUCCCUGAGACCUGGAUUUGGGAUCUGGUUCAUACCAAUUCCAGUGGAGAGGCAGAUAUCUCUUACACCAUUCCUGACACCAUCACAGAAUGGAAAGCCAGCGCUUUCUGCGUGCAGGAUGCUGCUGGGUUUGGCAUCUCCUCACCUGUUUCACUGUCAGCAUUCCAACCAUUCUUUGUGGAUCUCACCUUGCCGUACUCUGUCAUUCGAGGGGAAAAAUUUAAUUUAAUAGCCAACGUCUUCAACUACAUCAACAAAUGCAUUGAGAUCAGUGCCAUAUUGGCAAAGUCGAGUGACUAUAAGGUGGAAAUCCUUUCACCAGAGGGCAACACAGCAAGGCUGUGUGCUAAUGAAAGAAAAACCUAUAUUUGGGCUGUUAGCCCCCACACACUUGGUGAGGUGAAAUUCAUGAUUACUGCUGAGGCCAAGCUGAUCACCAGAGAUACUGGAAACAGCACAUCCCCAGAAGAGGAGACAAUUCACAGGGACACUCUGGUUCAAACCCUACUUGUUGAGCCUGAAGGUAUUAAAAAGGAAUUGACUCAGAGCGCCCUCAUCUGUACAAAAGGGAUAACAGUUUCUGAACCAAUGUCUCUCAGCCUGCCAAGAAACCUAGUUAAGGGAUCGGCCAGAGCUUAUUUUUCUGUCAUUGGAGACAUUUUGGGUACAGCCCUGAGGAACAUGGAGAAUCUCCUCCAUAUGCCUUAUGGCUGUGGAGAACAGAACAUGGCCUUAUUCACACCCAACAUCUAUGCCCUGAAUUAUCUGAAUAAGACUGGGCAGCUGACUGAAGAGAUUAGAGUCAAGGGUAUUGGAUAUUUGUCCACGGGAUACCAAAAACAGCUGUCAUACAAACACCAGGAUGGAUCCUACAGCUCCUUUGGGACUCAAGAUAAGGAAGGGAGUGUAUGGCUCACUGCCUUUGUGUACAAGUCAUUUGCACAAGCCAGGCACUACAUCUACAUUGAUGACAAUGUCCAGUCUCAAGCUUUGAUCUGGCUGAUAAGCAAGCAGAAGACAGAUGGCUGUUUUGAAAAUGCUGGGUCACAUUUCAACAACGCUUUGAAGGGUGGAGAAGAAGGUGAACACUCCCUCACAGCCUAUGUUGUAGCAGCAUUGCUGGAGGCUGGACACUCUGCUGCGCAUCCUAUCAUUCAAAGUGGUAUGAGCUGUCUGGAGACUGCAUUUGGCAAUGGGAUCCACAACCUGUAUAACCAGGCCCUCUUUGCCUAUGCUUAUGGCUUAGCUGACAAAGAGGAAAGAAGCCAAUUCUUCCUUAAGAAGCUGGACAAAACAGCUACUAGAGAUGGUGAUUUAGUUCAUUGGCAGAGAGAAAAUAAGCCACCAGCACAACAUUUUUCUGUCUUCUAUUCCCGUGCCCCUUCUGCUGAGGUAGAAAUGACUAGCUAUGUACUCCUGGCCUUGCUCAAGAAAGCAAAACUCACUCUAGAAGACUUAUCUUACAUUUCUCGUAUUGUGCACUGGCUUGUCAAACAACAGAACCCCUAUGGUGGUUUCUCCUCCAGCCAGGACACUGUUGUAGCUCUCCAAGCUUUAGCCCAGUAUGGGUACAUCACCUUCUCUAAAAAAAGUCUUAACACAGUCAAAGUCAACUUCAUGGACUCCCCCAGCAAGGCUUUCCAGGUGAACAAGAAGAACCGUUUCUUACUGCAGCAGGCUUCCUUAUCCACUGUUCCAGGAAAUUACAGUGUGGAAGUGAAUGGCACUGGCUGUGUCUAUCUGCAGACCACCCUGAGGUACAACGUCCAUUUGCCAAAAAAAGUUGCAGGAUUUUCACUCUCCAUACGGAUGGACAAUGUAUCCUGUACAAGCAACUUCCCACCAAAGUUUGACCUUGUCCUCUCUUCCAGCUACACAGGAAGCCGCAAAGUCUCCAACAUGGCUAUUAUUGAUGUGAAGAUGCUGUCUGGUUUUGUCCCUGUGAGAUCUUCCCUGAAAAAGCUUCAGGACCAGAAUUCUGUUGUCGAUCGUGUAGACAUCAAGAACAACCACAUCCUUUUCUACCUUCAGAAGGUGUCCCAAAAGGAAAUCAGCUUCGCCUUCAGUGUGGAGCAAAGCCUGCCUGUCUCAGAUAUCAAACCAGCGCCAGUACAUAUGUAUGAUUACUAUGAAACGGAUGAAUGUGCCCUUGCAGAAUACAGAACACCCUGCUACUCACCUUCCAACUGA